CAAAUUUUGCCGUGAGUGGUGUCGGAACGGAACAGUGUGUCGCAAAAGUCAGAGCAUAGUCAAAAAACCACAAUUCGCGCGCGUGCAAAUUCUGUGCCUCUCUCCCUCGUCACCCCUUCCCGUUGGUGUAUCAUUGCUACGGCAAGAGAGGAACUUGUUUUCGGGGCGGGGCGCCACCACAGUCGUCCACAAUAGUCAGCGGUCCGGGCCGCGGUCCCGCGUGCGUGUGUGCAAAAAAUUAAUGAAAUGUUUUCGCCCGCUUUAUGAAUGAUUUGCACCCGCGAGCAUUUCCCAUAGAAAACAUCCAACGAAAAUUAUUAUUACUGUGUGUCGUCUAUUUUUGUUUGAUUACUGUGCGUGCCAGAAGGAGGUAGCACUAUACCCAGUCGAUCUGGGCAGAUAUUGCCGAUAUUUCCAGAGACAUUAUUCAGAGAGCGCGUGAGAGCGAGCGAGAGCCAGAGAGUGAUUGGAAGCACAUGUGUUCUUCGGGUAUAUUCGAUCAACAAUAUGUUUGACAACAAAGUUCCGGCAUUCAAAUUAAAAUUGAAUUUAAUAAAAUAAAUACCAAGUCAGAGUGCGUUAACGAAAGAGAAAGAGAGAGACGAAUACACUGUUUGAAUUGUUAAUGAGCCACAACAACAACAAUACCAACAGCAACAGCAACAAAAAUAAAAAUAAAAAGUGUUAAAUGCUGAUGACGUUGGUGCUGCCACUGUCACUGCCAUCUGCCACCAGAAAUUGCUGCUGCCACUCCUGCCAUCUAUUCACCAGUGCUGAAAAGUCAAUUAAAGGCGAAUGUCGAAGUCUAAAUACGAAAGCCAUUGGCAAACUUGGCCAAAGCGUAUUUAGCCCGAUAUAAAAGCGGGCACACCAGACGAGCAGCCAGCAGAACCAGCACAAGACAGUCCACACAGCAAAACCACCAUUCACCAGAGACAAUCAGACAGACAGACAGAGAGGAGACCAGACGGUCAGAAAGGGUAGGAAGUAACCCGUCGAGGCAGACACAGAGCCCAGAGUCCAGAGUCCAGGAGACCAGGAGACCAAGGGGGACUGAGAGACGUGAGAGCGUGUAAUGAGCAGACGACGGUCGUCGUCGGCCAGGGCAAUUACCAUGUCGUCGUCCUCGCCGACCUCAUCGCUGUUGUCGCUGCUAGUCCUGGUGCUGGUCCUGCUUCUGGCCCCACUACAGCCAACAAAUGGCCUGGCAAAUUGUCCAAAUGGCUGUGAAUGCGAUGACGACACUCUGAUGGUCAACUGCGGCGAGGGGCGGCUGGAUGUGCUCCCCAUAGCCUUAAAUCCGGCCAUCCAGCGGCUGGUCAUCAAGAACAACAAGCUGAAGACCAUCGACUCGUCGAUGCAGUUCUAUGCGCAGCUGACAUUCCUCGAUCUGUCCUUCAACGACAUGGUAACCAUACCGGAGCGCUCGUUCGCCUACCACGCCAAGCUCCAGGAGCUACACCUCAACCACAACAAGAUUGGCCAGGUCUCCAACAAGACCUUCACCGGCCUCUCCACCAUCAGUGUCCUCAAUCUGCGGGGCAACCUCAUUGCGGAGCUCGAGUUUCGCACGUUCUCGCCCAUGGUGCGGCUGGAGGAGCUGAAUCUGGGCCAGAACCGCAUCAGCCACAUCGAUCCGCAUGCUCUCGAUGGCUUGGUCAACCUGCGGGUGCUCUAUCUGGACGAUAACACCCUGACGACCGUGCCCUCGCAGCUGACAUUCCAGAGCCUGCCCAGUCUGGCGGAGCUUUACUUGGGCACCAAUUCGUUCAUGACCAUUCCCGGCGGUGCCUUCCAGGACCUCAAGGGUCUCACACGCCUGGAUCUGCGCGGUGCCGGACUGCACAACAUCUCGGGCGAGGCUCUCAAGGGGCUGGAGUCGCUGCGAUACAUGGAUCUAUCGGACAAUCGUCUGACGGCCAUACCCACGGCUGCCCUGCAGCGUCUGGGCCGUCUGGAGCAGCUGAGCAUUGGCCAGAACGACUUCGAGGUGGUUGCCUCGGGCGCCUUCGCAGGACUGCGGGAGCUGCGGCAGCUGGAACUGACGGGAGCUCAGCGGCUGAGGCGCGUCGAGAGCGGCGCCUUCACGGCCAACACCAAUCUGGAGCAACUGAAUCUCUCCAGCAACAAGCAGCUGAACGAGCUGCACGCCAACGCUCUGGGCGGCCUGCCCCAUCUCAGUUCGGUGAUCCUCAAGGAGAAUCAGCUGAGCACCCUCGCCGAGGGCCUCAUACCGUGGGCCGAUCUGCAGACCCUCGACCUCUCCGAGAACCCCUUCGUCUGCGACUGCCAGCUGAUGUGGCUGCGCAACCUUCUGAUCAGCAAGAACGCCAGCAACCAGUACGCUCCGGUGGUGUGCGCCUACCCGGCCACGCUGCGGGAUCUGCCGCUCGCCCAGCUGUCGGAGCCGCUGCUCGGCUGCACCCACGGGGCGGCCAACAAGCAGGCCAUCAUCGGCAUCCUGGUGGUGGCCUGUGCGGCGCUGAUCACCACGCUGGCUCUGGUGCUGUACACCUGCCGUCGGCGCAUACGGGAGAUGCUGAAGGGACACUCGGCGCUGGGCCGGAAGGAGCGCGAGUACCAGAAGACCUUCUCCGACGAGGAGUACAUGACGCGACCGCCGCCCGGCUGCGGGGGAGUGCAUCCCGCGGGCGCAUAUCCCUGCAGCCAGUCGCAUUAUAUGGGCAGCAGGCCGAUUCCAGUGACCGAGCUAUAGCUAGAAGCUCCACCCCCACCUCAGAUGCGGGGUAGGGGUGGCAUCGCCUCCAACACCACCACCACCGGCACAGCGGCACCGCUGCAGCAGCUGCAAGUGCCCAGCCCCGUCGAUCAUGCCGCCGCCGCCUCCUCCUUCGCCCAGCUCAGCCACAUCCACUACAUGACCAACAACCAGACGAUCCCGAUCCCGAGCCCCAGCCAGACGCAGAUGCACCACUCGCAGCAGGACAUGCGCCUGCUGGCCAAUGGCGGUGGCAAGACUCUGAAUGCCGCCUCCCUGCCACGCCACAGGAUGCAGGAGAGCACCCUCUCGCACUACAGCCAGCCCCUUGCCCUUGCCAAUGGCAUACGCCUCACCCAGGACCACUUCAACCACAACCACAGCAGCCACGGCAGCCACAGUCCCCACAGCCCGCACAGCCACACCCACACCCACAAUGGAGGAGUCUAUGCCAAGCCCUGCGAUGCGAUGGCCGAGCCGGGCUACAUCCACAACAAUUCGCAUUACUCCCUGCCCCUGGAUCACGAUUUGCCGCCCAGCCCCACGCCCACACCACCACCACCGGCCCUGCCCCUGCGCAAUGGGGUGGGCUUGGCCCUGAUCCAUGGCAACACAACCGGACGGCGAUCCUUCAACAGCAACAACAACAACAAUGUGGCUACUCUGUCGAACAACAAUCAUCAUGGUGGAGGAGGAGGAGGUGGAGUAAUCCUGGCCAGCGGCAGCAACAACAAUGGCAGUCUGCGUCGCUAUCACUGAUAUACGGGGAAGACGUGCGGCACCCUGGGCCGCACCUUCAAGCCAAAUCCCAAUCCGGACAUUGAGCUGUACCAUUUCUACAAGGGCUAGAGCAGGAGGAGGAGCAGAAGCAGGAGCAGGAGCGGAAAAGGCCUCUGCGCCAGACGAUUUAUGUGUUAUUCUACAUCCGAUCUAUGGAUCCAUGCUAUGAUCUAAUUUAUCUAAUUGUAUAUUCUUAUGUUACGUGUAUUCAGGCGAAAGCAUUUUGUAUAAAUUAGGAUUUAGUUGAGUGAUUAUCAGAGGGGGAAAGCGCAGCAGCAGGGAAAAUCCAGGUGUAAAUAAAAGAGCGCGCACGGUUUGGCAUUAACUGGAAAGUGGCAGGGGAGGCAGCAGCAGCAGCAACAAGAAAAAUGUCACAAAAUAGUCGCACGCCUUUGGCCCCCCCCUGCCAACUCUCCUGAAAUGUCAUUUAAUUUGCAUCCAGUGAUCUUAACUAUUAAGUUCUGCUUAAAUUAAAAACACUCUUAAAUUCGUGUAAAUAAUUAGAAGCUUUUGCAAGCCAAAAUGCAAAAUCAAAAUUCAAGAAAAAUUCACAAACGAAAAAUGCAAUUUCAUGCAAAAAUACUUACAUUUAAUUUACGCGCUUAAGCACCAGUCACUAAAACUAUACAUAUUUGUAUCUAGACUAAAUUAUCACCGUACAAAUAAUCAAAAAGAAAAGAGAAAAAAAGAGACAGGCAUUAACGAAUACGAAAUAAAACAGCAAAAUAUACAAAAACCGAAAAUAAAACAAUCUCGAUUUUUAUAGUUAAUAAACUCCGUAAACGAUAUAUACAGAUAUCCAUUAACUACACAUCGGAACGAUAGACAAAACCUAAAAAGAUAUAGCAAACACACUAUGCAAAUCUGGGCAAUAUCUACGUAUCGAAUCGUGUGUAUGUAGAUCCUAUAACGAAUUCAAAAAAAAACCGAA